AGCAGACGGAGGAGCCUCCUCCCCUCUCGGCCUUCAGGAGGGGCUGAAGGUGACUCUCCUCCUCUCGGCGGGGGCUGCACACUGGGCAGCUGCCGGGGCUCCGUGCGGCCCGCGACACCGUCCUGCUCCCGGGGAUCCACCGCGCACUCCCGCGGGGGCUCUGAGCCUUUUCCUCCCCACCUCCAUCACCAAACCCCUGUUUUCUGAUCCCUUCGGCGGCUCGUCGUCCUCCCGGUAGAGGACACAGCAGCGACCGGGAGAAGAGGGGAGCCCCCCCCCCCCCAGUCUGCGUCUGUCCGUGGGCUCCGGUGGUCGUGGUGGUGCAGGUGGUCCGUGCAUGCAUGUGUUCUGCACCGUGCGGGCGUAAAAAGCGCCCCCGAUCCGCAGGGAGCAUCUUCCCCGUCAGCAGGGUGGCGCAGACGGAGCCGGAGCGCAGGGAGAGCGCGGAGGAGGCCGCGGACGGCAGCAGGAUGACUGUGCAGGAGUUCAACACCCUCGUCGCGCUGUACCGGGAGCAGGUCAUCUCCGUCGGGGAGGUGUCCGCCGACUGCCCGUCGCUGCGGGCGCAGAUGCACCACACGCGGUCCAAGGGCUGCUCCAUGGCCCGGGCGGCGCACCGGGACCUCGCCGUCAUCUCCGUGUCGGGUCCAGAGGACGGAGAGAUCCACCCUGACAUCUGUCGGCUCUUCAUCCAGCUGCAGUGCUGCCUGGAGAUGUUCAUCACGGAGAUGCUGAAGUCCAUGUGUCUGCUGGGGGUUCUGCAGCUGCACCGGAAGACCGCCUGCACAGGAGCGGACCCGGAGCCGAAGGUUGACUUCAGGAUGGACGAAAGCUCCGACGUUCCCAUCCUGGAGGACCGAUCCUCCUCCCCCAUAGACUUCCCUCAGGAGCAGUGGCUGGUGGGGAUCGAUAUCGAAAACAUAGAGAGCCAGAUGUUCCUGCUGCUGCUGCAGCUCCUCGGCUGCGUAUCGUCCGGUCUGGCCUGUUUCUGCGACCGGUACCCGUGGGGCUCCUGGUCCGCCUGCUCCAGGACCUGCAACCACGGGACACAGUGGAGGACAAGGAAGUUGCAGACCGAUGAGUAUUACUGGAGGAGCAGUUGCCGUCAGCUGUGUGAGACAACCGACAGGAGGGCCUGCAACGAGCAGGCCUGUCCCAUCGACUGCCUGCUGACGGAGUUCGGGCCCUGGUCCGACUGCUCGCCCUGCGCCAAGAAACAGUUCCGCACCCGCUCGGCCCGGAGGCCGUCGCAGUUCGGCGGGUCGGACUGCAGCGCGGAGCUGACGGAGGAGCGGCCCUGUCACCCCUCCACAGAGUGCAAGUUACCCCCCCUCGACUGCAGAGACCACUUCAAGUGUGACAACGGACGCUGCCUCAACGCCACGCUGACGUGCAACCGACAGAACGACUGCGGAGAUAACUCGGACGAGAGGGACUGUGUCGAGACCACGGUCGUGUGUCCGGCGGAGAAGAGAGUGGCCCCCGGGGCCGACCUGGUGGGCAACGGGUUUGACGCUCUGGCCGCGGAGCCGAGGGGAGCGGUGCUGGACAACAUGUUCAUGGGCGGAAGCUGCGUCAUCCGGAGGCCCCCGACCACACUGCUCUACCACCGCAUCCCUCACAACUUCCAGAGCUUCGACAUCAAGGUCGGAGCGCUGGAGGACUUCAGCACCGAGCCGCGGCCGCUUCGCUCGGAGUCCGUCAGUGUGAAGCAGUCCAGCUCGGCCGGAGGCACCGAUCACAAUCGACGCAACUUUUUGUUCUUGUUUCUGAGACCCGUGACGUUGAACAAGGCCGCUUUUGAAGCUUCGAAGAAACUGGACUCCAAGUUUUUCCGGGUGCACCAGGUUCUGCCCGUGUCCACGUUCAGGCUGAGGGAACCGGGCGACCUCGUCCUGUCGCAGCCUUUCCUCCAGUUCCUUCACGCGCUGCCCCUCCAGUACAACUUCGCCCUCUACAGGGACAUCUUCCAGCGCUUCGGGACGCACUACUACAGCUCGGGGACGCUGGGGGGCCACUACGACCUGCUGUACCAGUACAGCCGGGAGGAGCUCACCAGCUCAGGUGAAACUGAAGAGCAGAUCAGAGGCUGCCUGGGCCGGGAGACGUCCUGGUCCGUCCUCCUCUACCCCGCGCACGGCAGCGCAGCCCCGUGCUCUGACAGCACGAUGACGCAGAAAUUUAAAGGCUCGUACAUUCAGGCGGCGGAGAAGUCUUUCUCCACGGUGAAGGGAGGCCGAACCAGAGAGGCAGCGGCUCUGGCCUGGGAGAGGCAGGGCCCGGCUCCGGACCGGACGUCCUACAAGAACUGGGCCAAGUCUGUUCUCGACAACCCGGCUGUGGUCGAAUACAAGCUGCUGCCCAUCAUAGACCUGGUCCGGGGGAUUCCCUGCGCCGUCACAAAGAGGAGGCACCUGAGGAAGGCCCUCCUGCAGUACCUGGAGGAGUUCGACACCUCCAAGUGUGCCCCGUGUCCCAACAACGCCAGGCCCGUCCUCUCCGGCACGGAGUGCAAGUGCGUUUGCCAGACUGGCACCUUCGGCACCAACUGUGAGUUACGGGCUCCGGACUUCACUUCAGAGGCGGUGGAUGGUCACUGGAGCAGCUGGCGGCCGUGGAGUCGCUGCGGAGCCUCCAUGAAGAGGCAUCGGACUAGGCGGUGCGAUAACCCCGCCCCCCUGCGAGGGGGCCAACCCUGCGACGGUCCCGACCGACAGGAGGAUCCGUGUCACAUCUCCAUCUUUGAACGUCAGGAGACCUGUGACAGCGACGACGACUUCACCGUGGGCUGGAGGGACGAGCUGCCUCCUGGUGUGCAGGGCUGCCUGAGGCCUCAGAGGCCGGACAACAGCUUCCUCAGGAAAGCGAAGCAGUACUACAACUUUGGUGAGGACGAGGAGUUCCUGUGCUUCACUGGAUUCGAACUGGACGGUUUCCAGUUCAUCAACUGUCUCCCCGACGGAACCUGGAGUCAGAUGAACGGCAAAUGCAUCAGGAAGCUCUGUCUUCCUCCGGAGGUCCCCGAUGGGAUGUCGCUGCUCCCCGACAGAGACGAGUACAGAGUGGGCGAGUCGGUGGGUCUGAGCUGUAACGAGACGGGCCUGGUGCCGCGGCCGCAGAGCUUCUUCCAAUGCGGCAGCGGCCUCACCUGGGAGCCGCCGCCGCCCGCCGACCUGCGCUGCACCGACGAGGAGCCGUUUGUUCCUGAGGCCCAGUGUGGUCCGGGACAGACACUUCAGGACUCUCGGUGUGUCUGUAUCCAGCGGGAGAGCUGCCCUACGAGCCCCGCGAAUAUCUGCGUCCUGAACGUGGACGUCGGCCUCACCGUGCCGAUGUCCCUCUGCUCCCUCCACGCCGGCCGCUGCCACGGCGAUCCGCUCCUCUUCGUCGGCGACGGCGAGUGCCACGCGGGGCAACUGGAGUGGGCCAAGUUCAGAGCCAAGAUGUCCGCCAAGAGCUCCGUCCGGGUGCCCUGCGACCUCGACACCUGCUACGAGUGGGAGACUUGCUCCGACUCGCCAGCGCUCAAGAAGUGCGAGUGCCGCGCCGCUCGCGACUGCCCCGGAACCGAGGAGCACGUGUUCUGCGUGAAGCUGACCAGGAGCCAGAGGACUCGCACUCUGGACCUCUGCUCCCUGGCGGCUCUCAAGUGUUCCAACUACGAGCUCGAGAUUCUCAACGAAGGCCGGUGUGAGUCCAGAUGAAUCCACACUUUCAAAAAACGUCCCUGUGCCGCAUCGCCCAGAGAUCAACCAAGUUCAAUAAUGUAGUUUGACUUGGUUUUUGACAAUCGGGUUUUAGUACGUUGGACAUUAAAUCGAUCAAAAAACAAGACGCUUGUUCUUGUCUGCCGCACAAUGACAGUAUUUUUUAAAAGGGUUUGUAGCUGAUGUGCCCAAAAAGGGAAAAUCAUGAAUUUGAGGCCUCGGACAACUUGAUGAUCAACACACUUGGUGAUAAAUCAAGAUGGAGCUUCACCUUAACUCACUCGUUCGCUCGCCUGAUGUGAGACGCUUUUUUUUUAGGACAGACGCUGAUUUAAAAAGUGGCUCACGUUAAAUCUAAUUACAUGAACAGUUUGAAAUAGUCACACCGCUAAAUCUUCUUCACUUUUAAUAAAGACGUUUUUUAAAAAAAA